UAAAACAGUUUUGUGAAAAAUAAGCGGUAUCAUAAACAUGAUUAAGUUAGAAAUCAUAACAAUUAAAGAAGCAAUAGAGGAAGCUGGAGGAAACGAGCAACUCUUUCAAGAAAUGGCCGAUAAAUUUCGGCAAUGGCUACAACAACAACUUCAUCUCCCUCAAGAGAUUUCGGAUGAAAAAUUACGGUGUACUAUUUUGACUGCGAAAUUCGAUCUGGAGAAAGCUAAGAAAUAUUUGGACUCGCAGUACACUCUUCGUAAUCUGAUUCCUGAAUUUUUCGCCGACUGUGACCCAUUGGGUGAGAGCGUUGCUCGAUUUCAUAAGUGCUUAUACUUAUUCAUAAUAGCGAACAUACGUGCAGAGGAAGAUACAGCUAUUCCUGAAAUUAGCAUUAUGGAUUGCACUCAUCUCACUUUGAGUCAUAUACUAAAAUAUUCGCCAACCAUCAUGAAGAAAUGUGACCUCAGCAUGCAAGCAUACGGUAAAAGAUACAAAGCAGUUUAUUUCAUAAAUGCACCGACUUACAUCGAGCAGUUAGCAUCGAUCUUUAAAAUGGUUCUAAAACCAAAACUUUUUGCUAGAUUACGAUUUCUUACAUCCGGAAUAGAAUCAGUGUGUGAAGAUAUACCGAAAUCCAUUUUACCUGCAGAUUAUGGUGGUGAGGAAGCAUCAAUGGACACUCUAACAGAUAUGUGGCGAGCGAAACUAAUGGAACGAAGGGAAUGGUUACUGGCACAGGAAAAACUCAAGACCAACGAGUCCCUGCGAACUGAUUCUGUAAUAAAUCCGAAUGACUUAUUCGGAGUUACUGGUACAUUCCGAAAAUUGGAAAUCGAUUGACCAUUUAAAAAUAUAUUGGUUUUUAGUUUGCAUUGUGGUAC